AUGUCUAGUUCUGUUGGACGAUUUGCUAAUAAAGUUGCUAUUGUUACAGGUAAGUUAUGAUCUACAGUAACCCGAAAAAGGUGGAAUCAGCUCAAAAUUUCUUUCAAAGGUUCUUCGAGUGGAAUUGGUCGAGCUGUUGCUGUUUUAUUUGCUGAAAAUGGUGCAAAAGUAACAAUAACUGGAAGAAGUCGCGAAAAAUUGGAUGAAACAUUUCGACACAUUUUAAGAAGUGGAAUCUCAUCUGAAAAUGUGAAUCAAGUGAUUGGAGAUAUUGGAACAAAUGAUGGACAAACUCAUUUGAUCGAAUCAACAAUUCAAAAAUUCGGAAAAAUUGAUAUUUUGGUGAAUAAUGCUGGUGCACUUAUAACUGAUAAAAACAAAAAAAUUGGAAUAUUUCAAGGAAUCGAUGUUUUUGAUAAGAAUUUUGAUUUGAAUGUUCGAAGUGUUAUGGAAUUAACACAAAAAGCGAUUCCAUAUUUGGCAGAAAAUAAAGGAGAAAUUGUAAAUGUAUCAAGUAUUGCAUCUGGUCCACAAGGACAUACAGAACAUUUAUAUUAUUCGGUUUGUAAAGCUGCAAUUGAUCAAUUGACUCGAAAUUUGGCAUUGCAAUUGAUUUCGAAAGGAAUUCGUGUGAAUUGUGUCAAUCCGGGAACUGUUAUUACUGGUUUUUAUUCGGCGAUGGGAUUGAAUGAUAAAGAAGUUGAGAAGGUUGUUACUUUUUUCAUUUUUUGAAGAAAAUACUUUAGAUUGAUAAGAAAAAUACACAUUGUUUUGAAGAAAAAUGUGAAGGAAAACUGAAAUGUGAUUUAAUUGUCAGGGUUCUCAAAAUCGGUGCAGAAUUCUAAAAUUCAAAAUUCUGAAAACUAUUGGUGAAAAAAUCUUGCAAGAUUGAAAUACUAUACCAGAAAAGCCAAGACAUAUUCAUGAUUCCCAAAAUUUCAGUUUGCUGAGGAUAUGAAAGCAAAUGCAGAUUGUAUUCCACGUGGAGAAGUUGGGAAACCAGAAGAUAUUGCAAAAUUAAUCGCAUUUUUGGCUGAUCGCGAUUCAUCUUCUUAUAUUAUUGGACAAACAAUUACAAUUGAUGGGGGAUCAACUUUAGUUAUGGGAAUGUUGGCUGGAAAUUCAGCACUUCACAAUGAAUAA